AUGAAUAUAUUACAAUAAAAAUAAAGUUAAGAUGUUUAAGAGACAAUUUGUAAGAGUCAUAAUUUAGAAUUGAUUGCUGUUGAUUUAGACAUGUCAGAUAAAUCAUAAAUAAAUUUUUUUUGUGGUAAAUGUUUAGUAGAUAAAUUAAAUAAUAAUAAAGUGACAACUAUUGAAUAAUCAAAAGAAAGAAUUUAAUAAAUUAAGAAUUAAUAAUAAGAAAUUAAAAGUAAAGAGAAUCAAGCAAGACUUAAUUAUUAUAAGAAUAUUUUAGAUUAAAUAAUGGAAUUUAAAAGAUGUAUAGAUGAUUCUUUAGAAAAGAUAAGUAAAUAAAUUUAAUAAUACAUGUUUCCAAUUUAAAAGGAAAAAAAAGAAUUAUAAGAAAAUUUAAAUUAAUUGAAUUAUUUUGAAGAUAUAAAAUAAUUAUCAGAAUUAUAUUCAAUAGAUUAAUAAAAAUCAAUUAAAUUAAUAGAAGAUAAUAUAUUUAUAGAUGAAUUAAUAAGAUAAUUUGAAUUAUUAUUUAAUAAUGCUGAAUAUUAUUAAACUUUAGACAUAUUCAAAAAUACAAAAUAAACAAUUUAAGAUAUAAUGGAAAAUAAUAUUAUUGAAUUACCACCAUUAUUAUAAACAAAAAAUGAAUUUGUAAAUAAUUAUAUAUAUAAAUUAAAAUAGAAAACACCAAGUUUAAGUAGAAUUUGUUAAAAUCAUAAAAAAGAAAUAAUAAUGAUUGAUAUGGAUACUGAAAAUAAGAAAAUUGAAGAUAGAUUAGUUUGUGUUGAUUGUAUAUCUGAGAAUCCAUUAAUUAAAUAUUAAACAAUUGAAAAUGUAAAUAAAUUAUGGAUUGAUUAUAAUUCAUAAUCUGAAAAUAUAUUAUAAGAAUAUAAAAAGGAAAUUAAGCAUAAAAAGAAUGAAUUAUUCAAUUAAAUAUCUUAAAUGAGAAAAAAUUAUAAUUUAAAAUUGAAUGAAAUUAGUGAUAAAUUAAUUUAAGAAUAAUUUUAAUCAAUUUCAAAACCUAAACAAUCUAAUUAAAUUAAAACUAUUUCAAUAUAAACUUUAUAAGAUGAAUAAUUAUUAAAGGAUUUAAAAUAAUUAAUAGAAAAAGAAAAAGUCAAUUCAAAUUAAACUAUAACAAUUUUAAAAAAUAAAGAUUUAAUUUUUUAAAAAGAAAUUGAAAAUCAUUUAGAAUCAUUAAAAUAAUAUGAUUAAUUAGAUAUUUAAUAAUCAAUAGAUAUACUUAAAGAAAUACCAAGUAUUAAUUUAUAUAUAUAUAAAUUUUUAUAGUUGAAAGAAAUGUAAUUGUAUAAUUAUAAGAAGUAAUCUCUUAAAUAUCAAAGAUUCUAUCUACAAAUGAUAAUAAUUAUUAAGAUUAAGUAGAAUUUAUUAAGAAUAUUUAAGAAUUCAUUGAUUAAGCUAAAAAAUAUUAAUGUUAAAUAAAUUUAUUUGAUUAGACUAUAACAUUAUUUUAAUAACAUACUAAUAAUAUAGAUUAAAUAUAAUCAAAAAUUUAAAAUUAAAUUUUAAAUAAAUAAGAAUAAAUACAAAUUUAAUAUUAGAAUUUAUCAAAAUUAUUAAAUGAUUAUAUUAUAACAUUUGAUAAUAAAACUAAAUAAAUUAAGAAAUAUUGUAAUAUUUCUAAAUUAGAGAUGGAUUUAAUAAAAUUAAAUGAAUUAAAUUCAAAUUUAGAAAUUUAAAGUAAUUUAAUUAAAUUAAUAAAUAGAAACAAAUAUAUAAAAUCAAAUGUCAAAAUAAUUAGAUGAAAAACAUCAAUAAUUUUAAUAAUUAUUAAAAGAAUAAUAAGAUAAAUGUAUAUUUAUAUAUAUAUAUAUAUAUUAUUUUUAUAGAUUUAAAAUAAAUUGAUGAUAUUAAUCUAAAAUUACAAUCAAAUGAAAAAUUAAAUAUAAAUUUAAAAGAUUAAAUUGAUUUAAAAACUUAAGAAAUAAUCAAUUUAAAAAAUUAAAAUGAAUAAGAUAAAUUAAAUAUUAUUAAAACUAUUGAAGAUUAAAGUAUUUAAUAUUAUUAUUAUAUAUAGAAAAUAAAGAAAUUAUAGAAAUUAAUAAAAGAUUAAAUUAAAAGGAAUCAGAAUUAUAAAUAAUCUAAAAACAAUUUGAUUAAAUUAAUCAAGAAAAGUUAUAAAAAGAAAAAUAAUUAAAAUUAGACUUAGAGAAAGUAUAAUAUAAUUAUAAUACUUUAUUAAUAUAAUAGAUUUAACAAUAUCCAAAAACAUUAUAAUUUAGUGUUACUUAUAAGGGUCAAAAUUUUUAAGUAACUGAAGGUGGAAAAGUUGUUGAGUAGACUGGUGGUAGUUACUAUUAUUGUCUUUGUGAAUAAGCAAUUCCAAAGACUGGGAAAAUAUUGUUUGCAUUCUAAAUUCUCAGUUUAACAUCUAGUAUGUAUAUUGGAAUUGGAUUUAGAGAUAUUAUAUAAAAAAAUAAUUAUUAAUCUGCAGGAGUUGGGUAUGGGUAUAGGUAUUAAAUUAUAAUAGAUCAUAUAUGAUAUCUUAAGAUGGUUAUACAUACUCACAUCAUAAUAAAGAUGUAAAUGGUAAAUAUUUAUCAUUUACAUAUACAACUAAUGAUAUAAUCAUAAUGGAAGUAAGUAUUGAACAUAAGUAUAUUAAAUGGACCAGAUCAAAUAAUCCAUUAGCAACAGUUGUAAUUAUCAAAUCUAUUAUUAGUAGAUGGAAAUAGAUACAUCCAUAUCAUAAGAAUUAUAUCCAUGUGUAUUGAUUUAUUAAUCAAAAAUUAAAAUAUUGGAUAAUAUUCCAAGUUGA